AUGGAGGGCGAUGGAGCUCAGAAUGCCACCGUGAACCGGACCAUGGACGUGCCACUGGUCACUCACAGUCUGUGGGAAGUGGUCACCAUCGCCACGGUCUCUGCCAUAGUGAGUCUCAUCACUAUAGUGGGGAAUGUCCUGGUUAUGCUGUCCUUCAAAGUCAACAGCCAACUCAAAACCGUCAACAAUUACUACUUGUUGAGUUUAGCAGCUGCGGAUCUCAUCAUUGGGGUUUUCUCCAUGAACUUGUAUACGUCGUAUAUUCUGAUGGGAUACUGGGCACUGGGGAACAUUGCUUGCGAUUUAUGGCUGGCAUUGGAUUAUGUGGCCAGUAAUGCUUCUGUCAUGAAUCUCCUUGUGAUCAGUUUUGAUAGAUACUUUUCCAUAACGAGACCGUUGACGUACCGAGCCAAAAGGACUCCCAAAAGGGCUGGGAUCAUGAUAGGUUUGGCCUGGCUGGUCUCGCUGAUCCUAUGGGCACCACCCAUUCUCUGCUGGCAGUAUUUUGUCGGAAAGAGGACUGUACCUGAAAGGCAAUGCCAGAUUCAGUUCUUCUCAGAACCUGUUAUCACAUUUGGAACAGCCAUUGCAGCUUUUUACAUUCCUGUGUCAGUCAUGACCAUUCUCUAUUGUCGGAUCUACAAAGAAACAGAGAAAAGAACCAAAGACUUGGCAGAGCUUCAAGGGAUUUCUUACCCAACCGAUCAUACCGUGAGCCAGCCCCAGAAGACAAUAAUCAGGGGUUGUUUCAGCUGUAAAUUAAGAUCAACUUCGACUGAUAGGAAUCAAGCCUCGUGGUCUUCAUCAAGCAGGAGUCACCCUGUGAAAUCAACGCCUACCACUAACGAUGAGUGGUCCAAAGCCGGCCCCCAUGCCUCCUUUAAUAGUUAUGCAUCCUCAGAGGAGGAAGAUAGGCCAGCGUCGCCCAAGGGAUUCCAGUCAACAUUUAGGAACCAGGCAUGCGAGACGGGCAAGGCCGCUGGGGAGGUCGAGAAUGAGCAACUGAGCAACUAUCACGAAGACGGUUACUUCCAAAAGCCGUCAAAAAAACACUCUCAAAAGAGCGGGAAAUGCGUGUCGUACAAGUUCAAGCCGGUCGCCAAAGACAACAGUCGAGCGGAGAGCAAGAACGGCGAUUCCAAAACACAGUUGAAUUUCAGUUCUGCAGAAUCAGUAAGCGUUCCUUCGACGUCUUCUGUAUCGAAACCGAUAGAUGCGACGCUAAAGAACCAGAUCACAAAGAGGAAACGGAUGGUGCUGAUCAAGGAGAAGAAGGCCGCUCAGACUCUCAGCGCUAUCUUGUUGGCGUUCAUUCUAACAUGGACGCCGUACAAUAUCAUGGUGCUUAUUUCUACCUUCUGUUCAGACUGCAUCCCUGUGUCCUUGUGGCAUUUGGGUUACUGGCUGUGCUACGUCAACAGCACCGUCAACCCCAUGUGUUACGCUCUCUGUAACAAAACGUUUCAAAAGACUUUCCGCAUGCUCUUGCUCUGCCAGUGGAAGAAGAAGAGGGUGGAGGAGAAGCUCUACUGGUAUGGACAGAACCCAGUGGUUAGCUCCAAACUCACGUGA